AUGAAGCGACUCUUCCUAGCUCACCUACGCACCGUGGUGAACCCCACCCUGGAUCCACUGCAGUUUGCUUACCGACCUGACAUCGGAGUGGAGGAUGCAAUGCUGCAGCGGGCACUCACCCACCUGGAGACCACCGGUACAACAGAGAAGACUCCCCCAUCACUCCCCCGGAACAUUCAGGAGCAGGACAUAGAAACUGUUGAGAGUUUCAAAUACCUGGGUUUUCAGGUCAAUGAUAAGCUGGACUGGACUCAUAACUCCAACACCCUGUAUAAGAAGGGCCAGAAUUGCCUCCACUUCCUGAGGAGGUUGAGGUCCUUUGGAAGGCACUGCAUGUCCAUGGGGGGACAUCUGGCAUCAGUUCAUAACCUAAGGGAGUACCAUCAGAUUCAGCAUGUGAUAAGAACGGCAAGUUAUGGGUCCAACCCAGCCUGGAUUGGAGGCAGUAAUGCACAGAAGACAAGCAUUUGGCUUUGGAGCGAUGGAAGCCAAUUCCACUACACAAACUGGUGUCCAGGAGAGCCUAACAAUUGCAGAGGCAACCAGCACUGUUUGCAGAUGAACUAUUCAGCUUCAAAGUGCUGGGAUGACUUAGGAUGUUGGCUUCGUCUCCCAUCCGUCUGUGCCAAGAAAGUCUGAGCAGUCCGAGAGGAAGCCUUUUUCUGGCAUAAAUUAGCUUGAACCAGAACCGGUGGAGGAUGCUAUAUUGUCUUUCAGUUAUUCUGCCACAUAGAAAUCCUUUU